AGGAGGUGGAGGAGGAGCCCUAUAGAACUUGUGCCUACUAGUACGUCUCUUUGGAACCCACCGGGCUGUUCACUUGGUUCAAAGAAGACACAUGGGACUUGGAGACAAAUGCCAUCACAGGUGUGUAGAAUUCAUCAUCUUUUGUAUCUCUUGAUACCAGAAAAUCUGGAGGGCACUAGGAAUGGUCUGCAUGAUACAGAAAAAUACAAUGAAGCAAAAUGUUCCCUCCAGGAAAAAGAAAAUGUUAUAUUUAAUCCUCUGAACUCGUAUUCGCUGAAUUAACUAAUUAUUGGAAGCCUCUUUGGCUUAGCAUAGACUGCUCAUUUCUUUUGUUAAGAUUCAAGGUAAAUGAAACUAUCUAUUUUUGUAGAAAUGCAUUGAAUUCAGAGUGAUUUUAGGUAUAGAACUAAGAGCACUGGCAGUUAGUGAUCUCCUCAAACUACAAAAGUAGUUUGAGACUUUCAGUUAUUAUUAAUAGCAAAGGUUCUGAAGCAUGAAAAUAUUACUGUUAGAUGCUAUGAUAUUUACAUCAUGCAUCCAUCUAUUGAGAAAAUUAACUCAAACAAAAACACAUGCUCUCCUGAGAUUAUGUAUGAGAAUUUCAACCACGAGAUACCAAUAGAAGAUCCUAAAAAGUCGCUAAAUAUGGCAAAAAUGUUGACCUCCUGAACUGUUAGCAGUACAACCCAAUAUAUCAAUUUAGUUUACCAACUGUAUACAUAACAAUGGCACAAAAAAAAUUGUAUACAUAGAAACAAACAUCGACAUGCAUGACUCUGUAUGGACUAACAUAUAUCGCUAACAUGAAAAGUGAGUGCAUAUAUCACCCCAAUCUCAGUAUGCAGCAAGUAAGUAAAGCUAGUUGCAAACAUAUACCGUCAAGGCAUGAAGUUACGACUGUUCUGUUCAACCCCGUUGUAAUCAUGCAGAAAUGGACGCCACUUCAAAGCAGAAACGUUGAGCUUUUCCCUUCAUAGUAUUCUGAAGGAACAACCCAGGUGGACGCAAGAGUACCUAUGGAUCCAUCAUUCUACCCACAUCAGUUCUGAAACACAAAAUCAUUCUACCCACUAGAUUUCAAACUGAGUAGCCAGACUCAGAUACAAUCAUGUUGGCAUGUUUCUACAAAGGAAUCUAAGAUUAACCAACCUACCAUCUUAUCAUAUUUGUCUACACCUACCGACGAAAACCAUCUCACCAACUGCCAUGCCGAUUGGCAUUAUCCUAUUUAGCAGCCAUUGUUGACGGGUGGAUAACACCUUUGAAAACGUCUGCAUGUUGGACAUUUUUGAGAUUUAGCAACUACCAAGUUGUCAAAAGAGGACAGAAGGUCUAAAUUAUUGCUGGGAAAUGAAAGUGACGGGACAUAAACAGCGAUUUAGGAGUUGUUGGAGUAUUAGCACACCACCUGCAACUGGCAAAAGGCAAUAAUGCAAGACCAAAAAUUGUAUAUAUGGACCAGGCUACUGCUACUUGCCAACCAAACCAAGAGGGGCAUGGCAAUGGGGGUCAUGAGUUUCCUAUGGUCAUUGCCAGCCGUCCUGAUGAUCGUCACGGUGAUCGCCAGCGAUGAGGCUGCGUUGCUUGCUUUUAAAGCACAAGUCAGCGAUGGCAGCUCGCUGGCCUCCUGGAACAGCAGUGCUGAUUUCUGCAGCUGGGAAGGCGUGACAUGCAGCCACCGGAGGCCCGCGCGGGUGGUGGAGCUGAGCUUGGACAGCAGAGCGCUCGUCGGAGUACUCUCCCCAGCCCUAGGGAACCUCACGUUCCUGCGGAUGCUCAACCUGAGCUUCAACUGGUUCCAUGGGGAGAUUCCAGCAAGCCUCGGCCGCCUCCGUCGCCUACAGAGGCUAGACUUGAACGACAACUCCUUCUCCGGCAAGUUCCCUGUAAACCUGAGCUCCUGCAUCAGGCUGAACAAAAUGGGACUACACAACAACAAGAUUGGCGGCCACAUCCCAGCUGAGCUCGGCGAAAAGUUCAUAUCCCUGGCAGUGAUCUCGCUGAGGAACAAUAGUUUCACAGGUCCCAUCCCGGGGUCAAUGGCCAAUCUGUCCUAUCUACGAUAUCUUGAUUUCUCUGACAACCAGCUAGUUGGUUCAGUCCCACCAGUGCUUGGAAGCAUCGAGACCAUGCGAUUUUUCAGGCUCUCCCAAAACAACCUCUCUGGUAUGCUUCCACCUUCUCUCUACAACUUGUCGUCGGUGGAAUAUUUUGAUAUAAGUCACAAUAUGUUUUAUGGAAGCAUUAUGGAUGAUAUCGACAACAAGUUCCCCAAGAUAAAUGGUCUUUACUUGAGUAAUAAUUACUUCGCGGGGACCAUCCCUUCCUCAAUAUCUAAUCUAUCUAACCUCAUACAACUCGACCUGGGGUUUAAUAGAUUUAGUGGGUAUGUGCCUCCCACAUUGGGGAAGUUGCGAGCACUCCAAGAUCUCCACUUGUCUGGCACUAAGCUUGAAGCAAAUGAUAACAAAGGGUGGGAAUUCAUCACUUCUUUGGCAAACUGCAGCCAGUUGGGCUUCUUGGCACUUGGCGGCUACUAUUUCGAAGGAUUGCUGCCAGCUUCAGUUGCUAACCUCUCGACGACUCUUCAAGAGUUAUACUUACUGGACAGUCGGGUCUCUGGAGUUAUUCCUGCAGACAUAGGCAAUUUGGUUGGUCUCACCAGGCUUGCAAUAGCAAACAAUUAUAUCUCCGGAGUGAUCCCAGAGAGCAUCGGUAAGCUGGAAAACCUGAUUGAGCUAGCCUUGUAUAACAAUAGCUUGUCUGGCCUCAUACCGCCGUCAAUAGGGAACCUUUCACAGUUAAACAGGCUUUAUGCAUACUAUGGAAACUUGGAGGGGCCCAUUCCAGCAAGCCUGGGGGAGCUGAAAAACCUAUUCUUACUUGAUUUGUCAACAAACUACAGACUUAACGGUUCAAUACCCAGAGAGAUUUUGAAAUUAUCUGGCCUUUCUUGGUACUUGGACUUGUCAUACAAUUCCCUUUCAGGACCCCUUCCUAAUGAGGUUGGUAGCUUGGCAAACCUCAACCAACUGAUUCUAUCAGGAAAUCAGUUGUCUGGCAAGAUACCGGAUAGUAUUCAGAAUUGCAUAGUCUUGGACUGGUUAUUAUUAGACAAUAAUUUGUUCGAGGGGAGCAUACCUCGAUCACUGACAAAUAUAAAGGGGCUCAGUAAACUGAAUCUGACCAUGAAUAAGCUCUCUGGUAAUAUUCCCGAGGCCCUUGCUAGUAUUGGAAACCUGCAGGAACUGUACCUAGCACACAAUGACUUUUCUGGAUCAAUCCCGGCAGUUCUACAGAAUUUGACUUCAUUGUCCAAAUUGGAUCUAUCCUUUAAUAAUUUGCAAGGUGAGGUGCCAGAUGGAGGUGUUUUCAGAAACAUCACUUAUGUAGCAGUUGUUGCUGGGAAUAUCAAUCUGUGUGGUGGUAGACCUCAACUUCACUUGGUUCCAUGUUCCACAAGCCGCAUUAGCAAGAAUAGAAAAAGGAAGUUGAAGUCUCUUGUAAUUUCUCUAGCAACAGCUGGAACAAUCUUGUUGUCACUUUCGGUUAUUGUUCUUGUUUGGAUACUUCGUAGGAAGCUCAGACAAAGCCAGAAGACACUAGUGCAAUACUCAGUUGCUGAGAACCAUUAUGAAAGAAUCCCCUAUCAUGCAUUAUUGAGAGGAACUAACGAAUUUUCAGAUAUUAACUUGCUUGGGAGAGGAAGUUACGGUGCAGUUUAUAAGUGUGUUUUGGAAAAUGAGGACAGAACAUUGGCUAUCAAGGUGUUUAACCUCGGUCAAUCCAGGUAUUCCAAGAGUUUCGAGGUUGAAUGUGAAGCCAUGAGAAGGAUACGACAUCGUUGUCUCAUAAAGAUCAUUACUUCUUGUUCAAGCGUCGACCACCAAGGUCAAGAGUUCAAGGCAUUGGUGUUUGAGUUCAUGCCAAAUGGUAACUUGGAUGGUUGGCUCCACCCAAAAUCUCAAGAGCCCACUACAAACAACACGCUCAGCCUUGCCCAGAGGCUUGAUAUUGCUAUCAAUAUUGUGGACGCAGUAGAAUAUCUGCACAUCUAUUGUGAACCAUCGGUAAUCCAUUGUGAUCUUAAGCCAAGCAACAUUCUUCUUGCUGACGACAUGAGCGCCCGCGUUGGAGACUUUGGCAUAUCAAGGAUCCUUCAAGAAAAUACAAGCGAGAGGGUGCAAACUUCAUAUAGCACAAUUGGGAUAAAAGGUUCCAUUGGCUAUGUUGCUCCAGAGUAUGGAGAAGGCUCUGUGGUCUCAACUCACGGUGAUAUUUAUAGUCUUGGCAUAUUGCUGCUUGAGAUGUUCACCGGAAGGCGCCCAACAGAUGACAGGUUCACAGAUUCAUUGGGUCUGCAUAAGUUUGUCGAGGAUGCUCUUCAAGAUAGAACCCUGGAGGUAGCUGACCCAACAAUCUGGCUGCACAACGAACAACAUGAGAACAAUACUAUUAGAACACAGAAGUGCUUGGUUUCAGUGUUGAGGCUUGGCAUAUCCUGCUCAAAGCAACAGCCUCGAGAACGAACAUUGACCAGAGAUGCAGCAGCAGAGAUGCGUGCAAUCAGAGAUGCACAUCUCGCGUUUGUUGGCUAGGUUACAGGAGAACAUGAAGCAGGAAAAGAAGCCCUGACUCAAUAAAUUCGAACAGGACUGAAAAAACAAGUUUGUACAAGACACGAUCCUGCAAUUUAUAUGUAGCGCUUUAGUUAGUACUCCGUACUAUGAUUGUUCUCAUUC